AUGAACACGGUGUUCUCUUCUAUUACGCGCCUCGCGCGCCCAGUCCUGGCCAAGACCCUCGCUCAAUCGCCCAGGACGUUCACAACCCUCGUCCCUCUCCGACCCUCGCUCACUCCCAUGACCGGCGCUAUACGAAGAACCGCUCUCCCCUCAAGCUUCACCCCCUCGACAGCCGCAUCAGCCGAUAUUGUUCCUUCGAGCGCCAUCUCAGCACACCCUGCCCUGGGCGAUAUGCAGAUUCGUUGCGGACCCCGAAAUACCAUGAACGGACAUACGAGACUAGUUCAGAAGCGCAGACAUGGAUUUCUAUGCCGUAAGCGCAGUAAGACAGGGAGGAAGAUUCUCCUCAGGAGGAAGAUCAAGGGCCGAAGGCAUAUCGCUCAGUAA